UAUGUGUGUGUGUGUGUGUGUGUGUGCCAGCGUGCGUGUGUGUGUGUCUGUCCAGGAAGUUGCUUUGUAAAUUAUCUCCGAUGAAAACACAGAUUACAAAACGCGUUGGUGCAACAAUUUUUGCAAACUCCAAGGACAUGCAUGCAAACAUCUGAAGGAUGGCUGCGGUGUUGUCUGAAGCUCUAAGGAUCCUGUCCGGUGCGCUCGUCGUGUGCGCGCUCACGCUCGUGGUGGUCUUCCUCACGCGCCUCGCGCAGGUGCUGUCGAAACGCACGCGCCUCUCCUGCUUCAGCUGUCCGCCACAGCGCAACUGGUUCAUGGGACACAUGGGAAUCAUUCGGUCUGAUGAAGUGGGUCUUCAGGAGCUGGAUGAGCUGAUAAGGACCUACCGUCACUCCUGUGCCUGGUUUCUCGGUCCCUUUUAUAACCUUGUGCGCUGUUUUCAUCCUGACUACAUCAAGCCAUUGCUUUUUGCCUCUGCUUCCAUUACAGUUAAAGACGAGCUGUUCUAUGGGUUUAUGAGACCAUGGCUUGGACAGGGACUUCUGCUGAGUAAUGGAAAACAGUGGUCUUGUCAGCGUCGUCUCCUCACUCCGGCCUUCCACUUUGACAUACUGAAAAACUACAUUCAAAUCUUCAACAGCUCCACCAACACCAUGCAUGAGAAAUGGCGCCGCCUGCUGGCAGAAGGAAAGAAUGACUUUGAUAUGUUUGAACACGUGAGCUUGAUGACUCUGGACAGCCUCCUGAAAUGCACUUUCAGCUAUGAUAGCCAAUGCCAGGAAAAUUGUAGUGAGUACAUCUCUGCCAUUUAUGAGCUGAGUGAUUUGGUGGUGAAGAGGCAGCGCUACCUCCUUCAUCACUGGAACUGGCUGUAUAAGCACUCUGCAGAUGGACGGCGUUUCCGUCGGGCCUGCAAUAUCGUCCACAGCUUCACUGAUAGUGUGGUACAAGAACGCCGUUCCCAGUUCCUCCAUCAGGGGUGGACAGAUAACACACAAACUAGCACGACAGGCAACAAGAGGAGAGCAGUUGAUUUUAUAGAGUUACUGCUUCUAUCAAAGGAUGAGAACGGAGAAGGUCUGUCCAAUGAGGAGAUUAAAGCACAAGCAAACACGUUCAUGUUUGCAGGUCAUGACACAACGGCGAGUGCGAUCUCCUGGGUUCUGUAUAAUCUGGCCAUGCACCAGGAGUAUCAAGACCGCUGUCGUUCUGAGAUCAAUGAGCUACUUGCAGGCCGAGACACUGACGAGAUCGCCUGGGAAGACCUCAGUAACCUGACCUUCACCACCAUGUGCAUUAAGGAAAGUUUGAGGCUUCAUCCACCCGUGUUGGCUUUAACCCGAUACUACUCUCAGGAUAUAAAUGUUCCUGAGGGACGCACCGUACCAGAGGGAACUAUUUGUUUGAUCAGUGUUUAUGGCACCCAUCAUAAUCCAGAUGUGUGGCCUAAUCCAGAGGUGUAUGACCCCAUGCGAUUUGACCCUGACAACCAGAAACAACGCAACCCAUAUGCUUUCGUUCCUUUUUCUGCUGGACCAAGGAACUGUAUCGGUCAGAACUUUGCCAUGGCGGAGAUCCGAGUGGUUGUGGCACUUACUCUGAGGAGAUUCAGGCUUCUUCCAGGGUCCAGAUCUCCAAAUCGUCUUUAUAUGCUCACACUGAGAACAGAGGAGGGGCUGCCUCUAAUGCUGGAACCUCUACAUAGCUGAAAUACAUGCACACAUAUACUGUAUAUACAGUAAACAUGCACACAAUACUUAAUAAUGAAAACUUAAAUAAUACUUUUUUAUUUUUUAUGAGAUUUACAUGAUACCUAAUUUUAGAAAAAUGAAGUGAUGUCUUAAUUGAAUGCACUUAAAUUCUAGAUAACAAGGGUUAUUUACCUCAUUUCAAAACAGUUCAUACAUACAUACACCCAAAAGUGAUUUCAUGCAUGUUUAUGUCCUCCUUUCUUCGCUGUAUUGCUUGUUUACAAAAUAAAAGUCAUUUCA